AUGGCCCACCUCACCAUGGCGAACGCCACCACAGGGAGCACCAGCACGGCGCACAUCCUCAUGAUUACCCCCACCGAGAUCAGCACCAUGGGGACGGUUUUCCAGCACAGCAAGCCAGACCUAAAGAGCUCAGCCUUCACCUUGGCUGGUUCCCUUAGUACAGUGAACUCACACCCUUCCGAGACCUCCAACAAAGUCUAUCCUCAGGACUCCUCUUCCAAAACCUCGGAAAGCUGCCCUGAAGAAGACGAGCACGUUCAGAAGCACAAAGUUGUCCGAGCCCCGCGGGCCCACAAGAAGGUGCACUCUUCGGACUUGUUGUGUUGGUUGUGGGAAAAAUUAAGCCAGCUCAUUUGGGGUCUUCGGAGAAUGCUCAGGAAACUGGUUGACUCCCUGGCCUUUGAAACCUUCAUCAUCUUCAUCGUCUGCCUCAACACCAUCAUGCUUGUGGCUCAGACCUUCGCUGAAGUCGAGGUCCGGGGUGAGUGGUACUUCAUGGCCUUCGACUACAUCUUCCUCUCCAUCUACAUUGUGGAAGCUGUGCUCAAAAUCAUUGCUCUGGGCCUCGCAUAUUUUUUGGACCCCUGGAACAAUCUGGAUUUCUUCAUCAUGGUCGUGGGUAUGCUGGACUUCGUGCUCAUACAGGUCAACUCUUCCUCCACGCGUGCGAUCCACAACCAACGCAUCUUCCGCAUCUUCAGGGUCUUUAAGACCCUGCGAGCAUUGCGGGCGAUCCGAGUCCUUCGGAGGCUCAGAUUCCUGACCAACCUCCAGGAAGUGACUGGGACCCUGGCCCGGUCCUUGCCGUCCAUCACCGCCAUCCUCAUCCUCAUGUUUACCUGCCUCGUCCUGUUCUCUGUGGUGCUCCGGGCACUGUUCCACUACUCUGACCCCAAACGCUUCCAGAACAUCUUCACCACCAUCUUCACGCUCUUCACCAUGCUCACCCUGGACGACUGGUCCCUCAUCUACCUGGACAGCCGGGCUCAGGGGGCCUGGUACAUCAUCCCCAUUCUCAUGAUCUAUAUCAUCAUCCAGUACUUCAUCUUCCUCAACCUGGUGAUUGCUGUCCUGGUGGAUAACUUCCAGAUGGCGCUGCUCAAAGGCCUGGAGAAAGUGAAGCAGGAGGCAGCCGAGCUCCAUGAAGAACUGUUGGAUGACUCGGUGACGAAGCUCAUGGAAGCAGAGCCUAAAGAGGUGCUGAGUGAACACACUAUACAGAAGCAGCUCAUUGAGAAAAAGUUUGGAGCCAUGACUGAGAAGCAGCUGGAGACCCUGUUCCACUUCCUGCAGCUGGUGGCUGGCGUGGAGCAUUACCAGCUGAAAUUCCGCUCCCAGGCCGCUGUCAUCGAUGAGAUUGUGGACACCACAUUCGAGGCUGGAGAAGAGGACUUCAGGAAGUGA